AUGAGUUCAGAUGCUGAGAUGAGUGUUUUUGGGGAGGCGGCCCCUUACCUGAGGAGACCUGAACGAGAGAGGAUUGAAUCCCAGAACCGGCCGUUUGAUGCCAAGAGCGCCGUGUUUGUGAUGGACCCGAAGGAGCUGUUUGUGAAAGGAACCCUGCAGAGCAAAGAGGGCGGCAAAGCCACCGUCAGAACUGAUGCAGGACAGGUACGCCAGCUGUAGACAAGGCUAAUCCCUCCUCUUCUCUCAUUAAUGUCCAGCUGACGAAGGCCGCCUCUCUGUUUACAGGUCGUUACCGUGAAAGAUGACGAAAUCUUCCCCAUGAACCCUCCAAAGUUCGACAAGAUCGAGGACAUGGCCAUGAUGACCCACCUGAACGAGGCUGCCGUGCUGUAUAACCUCAAAGAGCGUUACGCAGCGUGGAUGAUCUAUGUGAGUGAUGAAACAUUCACGGUUUUAUGACGCUCAUAACUACGCACAACAAAGCAGGAGGAGACCAGCAUCUCCAUGUUGACCAGAAUCAGGGCUGCAGGUAGUCUGGGAUGCUGACAUACAGUAAUUUGCUGUAUAACUUUGAGAUGUGACUGAAGUUUUUUCAGAGGAAUAUUCCACAAAAACAACAACGUAGAUUUAACUCAGUCUCAGUCUCUCUGCUGUUGUUGUGAUUCACUGGAGGAGCCUUGAAUCUUUUGGAUCUUUAGUUUGCAUUUUCAUUUACAAGGUGACCAUCACAUGAUUUAUCAGGGGAACGAUGCGUGAAAGUGUGCGUUCACAGAGUCUUUAAAUCUGAAUAAUUUUUGGUGUAUGUGCACUUUAAGUUUGGAUUGUGCUGUUUUAUAAAUGAAGCCCCUGGUCCUGGUCCUACCUGACAGAAACAAAAUCUCUGUAGAUACAGACACUGCCACUUUCUGGACUGUCUGGGGGCAUAUCUUAAUCUGGAUCUGCUGUAUUUUCAGGACGAUAAAUCGCAAUUUUUUUUACGGGUUUGGCUGGGUUUGCGAUUUAUAUAUGUUUUUUUCUUCUUUAUUAUGCAUUUUUCGGCUGGUACGACUUAUAACUUAUAGUCUGGAAAAUACGGUAUUAAUUUUGUCUUCUACCAUUUUUGUUCCAGCACAGAUUACAUUAUGAAAAUCAACAAUAUUAAUCUGCUUUCAGUGCCCAGGAUGUCCUUUUUUGUCUAUGUGGUCGCUAACUUCUCUGAAUACGUUCUUUUUUGCUUGUACUGGUAUCUUUCCAGAGUUCAAAAAUGUGUAUUGUGAUAAAUCUACUUUGUGUCAAAAAGCUAAAAAAGUAACCGGCUCACAAACUUUUUAAAAAACCUAAUAUUUUUCUAGCUUCCUUGAUAAAGAGUAGAGCUACGGAUAUUAGGAAGCAGAAAGUCAUGAUUAAAUUUUGAGCUUUAUCUUGUCAGAGAUCAAAUUAGAUCAAGAGUGAAAUUCAAGCUGACACAAAUCCUUGAUUAAAAUAUUUUCUCUCCUGUUAAUCUACAAACACCUUAUAAUUAAAUCAAAUAAGUUUUUUAAUUUGUUUCAGACGUACUCAGGACUGUUCUGCGUCACUGUGAACCCCUAUAAGUGGCUCCCAGUCUACAACCAGGAGGUGGUGGUGGCCUACAGGGGCAAAAAGCGCCAGGAGGCUCCUCCGCACAUCUUCUCCAUCUCUGACAACGCCUAUCAGUUCAUGCUGACCGGUAAAAGGGAGGGGAAAUGUAAAAAUAAUUAUGUUUUUUUCAGCUCUCUUUAAGACACAGUUCUGAUGUGAAUGCUGCGUUUCUUUUUUGCAGACAGAGAAAACCAGUCUAUCCUCAUCACGUAAGCUGCACAGGGAUGUUAAUUCUGCAGCCUUUCUCUUAUGAAUCCAUCUUAGAGGACGUUAAAACAUGUCUGCUGUGUGUGUUUUUGUCCUGCAGUGGAGAAUCCGGUGCAGGAAAGACUGUCAACACCAAACGAGUCAUCCAGUAUUUUGCGACAAUUGCAGGGACUGGAGAGAAGAAAAAAGAUGCUGCAGCCGCUGGAAAAUUACAGGUUAAAUAACUUUGUUGUAAAACUGAGAAGAAAAAAAACACCUUUGCAAUAUUUUAUAUACCUCCUUUUUUUAUUUCUGAAGGGAAAUCUGGAGGAUCAGAUCAUCUCUGCAAACCCUCUGCUAGAAGCUUUUGGGAACGCCAAAACUGUCAGAAAUGAUAACUCAUCCCGUUUUGUGAGUUAAAAUCCAGGUUCUACAUGUUCCUAAAAUGCAUCCCUCAUGUUUUAGUCUGAAUUGAGGGAUUGGAUUUGUUCAUCUUCAGGGUAAAUUCAUAAGAAUCCACUUUGGGACCACAGGGAAACUGUCCUCUGCUGACAUUGAAACUUGUGAGUAAACUUGUGAAUGAAAACACAGGAGAUUUUCAGUCAAGAGGAUUUUUAAUCAUAGUAAUCUCAUUUUCCUUCACAGAUUUGUUGGAAAAAUCCAGAGUGACGUUUCAACUGUCUGCAGAGAGGAGCUAUCAUAUUUUCUACCAGAUCAUGUCCAACAAGAAGCCUGAGCUGAUAGGUAACACAGACGGCAUGUUCACUUGACCAGAAGGAAUUUGAAAUACCUAUUAGAGUUCAGAUCAGAUUUGACUCCUACAUGAAUGAUGUCACUUUUUAAGGGACAUCAUUGGAAAAAUUUGAAUAUCUUGGUGACCAUUUUAUGUAUAAAGUUAAUCUUGUAGUUAUGUAUUCCAUAUUAUAGACCUCCUAACUCCUUGCCCCCCUUGCAUUACUGUUGGGGGCUGUGGCUCUAACUAAGACAUGGUUACUUUCUUUAUUUUUCCGCAGUCAGAGGAGGGAGUCCUGUAAACAGCACUGUCCGAUUAUCUUUUAUAUUAUCUUGUAAAAUUCCCAUGAUAAAGUCAGCUGGUUCCAAGGGCAAUUCUGUAUUCAAUCAUCUUAGGACAGUCCUAGAAAAUUAAUCCUUUUUAAAAAUGUUUGUGGUUUUAGGCGCCUCCGGUGGAUAAACUAGUGAGCAUGUUUUCCUUAAAGGGAUAUUCCGACGUAAAUUGAAGUUAUGGUCAAACACACUGUAAUGCUGAGUUGGACACCCCUUCGAGAGAUAAUUUUUGUUGACUGCUUGCUUCUCUAGUUAUACCAACUUUUGUAAUAACCGCAUGAUAGCAGUACAUGGCGGUCCAUGUCUCCACACGCAAACCUCAACCAAAACGCCACUCUAUAGCCGUAAAUAAUGCUCAGAACAGCAUCAACAGUACAUACAGGGUCCCAGCCAUAGUACUAGCCAUCAAACAUCUUUUUAACUUGACCAAAUUUCUUUAGCAAAGAGACUAAACACAACUCACCCACUCUCCUCCAGCAGCCACUUGUUUGUAGGGGAGCCUUGACGAGACGAUCACCGAGUGCAGUGGAUCAUUUUGCACUGUAGACGCGGUAGUUCUUCUGCCUUAGCGUCUCGGUCUGAUUGCACUUCCUUGAAGUAAUGAUCAUAAAUGUUCUACCUUGAGCUGCGAAACCCCACUGCACUCGGUGAUAAAAGAAAAAGACCAGGCGAUCAGUAAAAGUCUAUACUUGAUAAACUUUUUGAUUAAGUUUGAUCUAGACCAUCCUAAAGAGAGGAGAGAAAAAAACCCAGACAGAUUAACUAAUUCUGUAAGGAAAGAUUGUGACUUCCAGAUUCUGAUUCUGAUUAAAAAGUUUAAACUAAUCAGCCCUGGCAUAACAUUUAGCAACUUAGUUGACACAGUUUACAAAAGUUUUUUGAUAAGCACCUGUAAAUCAAGAUGUAAUGCAACCUUUACUUUCAUAAAGAUCCAAAAUAUAUUUGCACUACUUACAAUCCACUGUAAACACUCAUAAAUUCACCUGCAAAUAUCUUUGAUAAUUAUCUUUACAGGUAAUCGUAAUACAACCAAUAUGCAUUCCUUUAAAGAAUAUACACAUUGGUAUUUAAUUUACAGUUUUGAUGGCCCAGUAGGAACAUGCUACACUGCUUAUAAAACCUGUUGAAAGGAAAUUUUUACAGCCAAAAUAAAUCACAUUUUGAACUUCUUACCACAAGUUGAUUAAGAGUCAGAAGAGUCUGGUGUACCGUUACUGUCAUGAAACAGCCGUCUCAUUAAGUAUCAUACUAAUUUUUAUAAGCAGACUGCUGAUCUUCUCCCUCAGAAACUCUCCUGAUCACCACCAACCCUUUCGACUACCCGUUUGUCAGUCAGGGUGAGAUCAGCGUGGCGAGCAUCGACGACAGCGACGAGCUGAUGGCCACAGACGUAAAUCACAUUUAUGGUCCCAUCUUCUCCCUCACUGGUUACAGCCACUUAAACUUAUAUUAGCAUGGUUAUGAUGUGAUUCCAGAGCGCCAUCGACACCCUGGGCUUCACUGCAGAUGAGAGGAUCGGCAUCUACAAGCUGACAGGAGCUGUGAUGCAUUAUGGGAACAUGAAGUUCAAACAGAAGCAGAGAGAGGAGCAGGCUGAGCCAGAUGGCACUGAGGGUAACUUCUAUCUCUCCUGUGUCUCAUUUCCUGACCCCCCUCUGUUGUAAUCUUUGUCUGAUGUGAUCUCUGUCUGUGCUCAGUGGCUGAUAAAGCAGCAUACCUGAUGGGUCUGAACUCUGCAGACCUGCUCAAAGCUCUCUGUUACCCCAGGGUCAAAGUCGGGAACGAGUAUGUCACCAAAGGGCAGACUGUCCAGCAGGUUAGGAGACCACUUUGAAUAAUUUUACCACAUACUGUUCCCUAUAAGAGGGAUUACAACAGCAUGGCUCUGUAGUAGAAGAGUCCUGGUGCUUUAUUGGCCGGCCUGCAGACUUGUCACCUGUUAAAAACAUUUUGUCACAUCAUGAUAUGAAAAAAUAUGACAAGACCUCAGACUAAAGGUUCAUUUAUGCUCAGCAUUACAUGUGGAUCCGGAUAUGGACGGAGCUCUCCAUCCGUGCUUCGCAUUCUUUUCGUCCGGACGUAGCAGUACCACCAGAAACCUUGGGGGCAGUGUUGUUGCUGUCACUACCCGAUACACAUUUCGAAGAAGACAAUGACAGGACUUUUUGAGGAUUGUCAUCAAUUUCUCUCAUUGGUACUACUAAAGAAAAUAAUUAUUCGUCCUCCAACCAGAAUUUAGUAACCACCGCCUCUUCCACGCUGCCUCCGUUUCUGUCUCCUAUGCAAAAUAUACAUUAUCACCAGUGUUGUUUUCAUGGACGAUGACGUCGAUGAAAAUAUUUCGUCAACGUCAUCGUCAACAAAAACAACACUGCAGAAUAUAUGUUUAGCGUUUGGCUGACGAAAUGCUCAUGAAUUUUGCAACUCUGUUCAUCGUCCACCAAUAACGUUUUCGUCUAGUCUCGUCUGGUCAACGUAAACGCACAUUCGUCUCGUCACAUUUUAGUCAUCGAAGACUUAUGUUUAGCUUGUCAACGUCACGUCUUCGUUGUGGAAACUGUCGCUGUGUUUCUUUUUGUUUGUUGUUGUCAGAAACUUUAGACUCUGGCCCGCCCCCUGGUGGAUGUAAUGGUUAACAUCCAUGCCAACAUAAAGGAUGCGUGGAAGUAUGUGGGCAGUGACGGAACCAUUGUUUGAAACAGACAUUUUUAUACGCAUGGCGAGCAUAAAUGAGCCUUAAUGAGGAACAAAAAUCCUAUAUCAGGCAAGAACAGGCCAACAUUUCACAACAAAGGUCUUUUCAUCCACAUGUUCAGUUCUCACUGUCACACGUCUUUCUUCAGGUCUACAACUCUAUCGGUGCUUUGGCGAAGUCGGUGUAUGAGAAGAUGUUUAUGUGGAUGGUCCUCCGCAUUAACCAGAUGUUGGACACCAAGCAACCCAGGCAGUUCUUCAUCGGAGUCUUGGACAUCGCCGGCUUUGAAAUCUUUGAUGUAGGUUUGAAUCAAUCAGAGUAUUCACGAUGAAUGAUGGAGAUACAUACUGAAGGUUGAUUGUUUUGCAGUAUAACAGUCUGGAACAGCUGUGCAUCAAUUUCACCAACGAAAAGCUGCAACAGUUUUUCAACCAUCACAUGUUUGUUCUGGAGCAAGAGGAGUACAAGAAGGAGGGCAUCGAGUGGGAGUUCAUCGACUUUGGGAUGGACUUGGCUGCCUGCAUUGAGCUCAUAGAAAAGGUUUGCUCACACAGAAAAGCUCAUGUACAAAGAUAAAGACUGAAGGCUUUAGAUUAUGAUCUUAAUGAAACUACCCUGUCCUCUCCAGCCAAUGGGAAUCUUCUCCAUCCUCGAAGAGGAGUGUAUGUUCCCUAAGGCUUCAGACACCACCUUCAAAAACAAACUUUACGACCAACAUCUGGGAAAAUCCAGCAACUUCCAGAAACCCAAACCAGUCAAAGGCAAAGCCGAGGCUCAUUUCUCCCUGGUUCACUACGCUGGCACGGUGGACUACAGCAUCACAGGCUGGUUGGACAAAAACAAAGACCCUUUAAAUGAGACUGUGGUUCAGCUCUACCAGAAGUCCAGCCUCAAACUGCUCUCCUUCCUCUAUAUUUCCUACUCUGCAGUUGAUGGUAAGAGCUAAAGACAGAAGUAGUUGUGUAACAAUCAACUACCUUUAUAGUUCUUCCUCCUUUUUAAUGAUCAAUUUCUUUUUAUGAAGUAUAGAACUUUAUAAACACCUAAUUUAUCAGGUUUGUUUACAGUAGAAAAUCCAUGUUUAUGUUGGGUCUACUCAUCUGCAAAUCUAGCAAACCUCUCCUGCCUAAAAGCCUUAAGACAAGAAGUUCAAGAAGUUUCUAACAUAAAUCUAAAAGUGUCAAACAAGAUCAUUUAACAUCCAGGUGAUUUUACACUGAUUUGGACUGAUAACAGGUUGUAUUGUGGUAGAUAUAUCACUGUGCAUUUUGAAGACCCAGAGUUUUCACAGUUGCUGCUUCAAGCUGAUCAAACAUGGAGGCCGUAUAGCUUUAAUUAGAGAUGUUACAUCCUAAGAGGCGACAUGUAGUUGUUUGUUUUUAUGUGUUGUAAAUACAGACAGUGAAGGUGUUAGGGGUGGGAGAAAAAAUAAAUACAGCAUAGUAUUGCAAUAUUUUGUCUGAUGAUAUAUCCUAUCGUCUCAUUUACCAAGUAUCGAUUUUUGGAAUUAAUUGCUAAUAUGAAGUCAAAUCUAUGAUGAUGGAAAAAUAAAAUCAACUGUUUGUCCAGUGAGGUUGGCAGAGGUGACAUAAUCGAGAAAGUUAGUGCAACAAAUAUAUAUAAGGUUAGCAAUAUGUGCUACCUGAAAAUAAAAUACAGUGUAACUAAGACAAACAUAAAAGAAAGCCAAAUUUUAAAUUAGCUAAACAGUUAAAAAAUAAAUAAAUCCCAAUAUAUUGUAUCACAAUACUAACUGUAUUGCAAAAUGUUAAAAAACACAAUAUCGUAUUGUGGCCUAAGUAUUGUGAUAAUACCGUAUCGUGGGGCCACUAGUGAUUCCCACCCCAACUGCCCUAUCUUACACCUGCAUAAAAUUGACAUGGUGUGUGUUGCAAGUGUCAUUUCCUUUUCCCACUCAGUGCAGUAAUCAUUUACACUUCCUGCAACCAUGUUCGACCAAUAGCAAGCAACUUGAACCUUGCUUUUGAUGGUUGAAUGUUUACAAUAAGAACUCUGCUCAGUGAGUUACCUGAUCUGUGAGCUCCAAGGUCAGGUUGUGGAGUCUGUCUUAUGAGUCUAAUGAGUCCUAUUGGGAUCAGGGUUCAGUCACUGCAUACUUCUCUGUAUUCACCCAUCACCAAUGUCCACUUAUAGUUCAACUUUUUGGUGUGAAUAAAAACAAAAAUCUUUUCUUCCAGAUGAUUCAAGUGGAACCAAAAAAGCAGCAAAAAAGAAGGGCUCCUCCUUCCAGACUGUGUCUGCUCUCUUCAGGGUGACGUCAUUGUAUUAAUACGCUGAGGUUUUGAUAGUGAUAAAGUAGAGACAAAAUUAUGAAUCAUUUUUGUCACUUAAGGACGUUGAUUUUCUUUCACAGGAGAAUCUGGGGAAGUUAAUGACCAAUCUCCGGAGCACCCAUCCUCAUUUUGUCAGGUGUCUGAUCCCCAAUGAAACAAAGACUCCAGGUAUCUAUAUUGAAGUUUUAUACCCACACCUUAAACGUGUUGUAGCUGUGUCUGUGUCUGUGUCUAUGCUCAUAUGGCUGUGCUGGCUGUAGGGAUAAUGGAGCACCACCUGGUCAUCCAUCAGCUGAGGUGUAACGGUGUACUGGAAGGAAUUCGAAUCUGUAGGAAAGGUUUCCCCAGCAGGAUCCUUUAUGGGGACUUCAAGCAAAGGUAAGAGGGAAAAAAAGUCAUAUUUUUUAUUCUUUAUUUCUGAGACUUUUUGUUAGUGAAAAUUUCACUGAUACGGGUUGUUCUUGUAGGUACAAAGUACUGAACGCGAGUGUGAUCCCUGAGGGACAGUUCAUCGACAACAAGAAAGCUGCAGAGAAGCUCUUGGGGUCAAUCGAUGUGGACCACACACAGUACAAGUUUGGGUACACUAAGGUGAACUAUCUGAAGUUUGGGCGAGGUGGGGUACAAAGGAAACCAUAUAACAGAGAGGGUUAUAACUCGAACCCUUUCCUGAACUCUUGGGUCCUGAAGGUGUUCUUCAAAGCUGGACUCCUGGGUCUGCUGGAGGAGAUGAGGGAUGAGAGACUGGCCUCUCUGAUCACCAUCACUCAGGCUCUGUGUCGAGGUUUCCUCAAGAGGAAGGAGUUACAGAAAAUGUUUGAGAGGAGGUUAAUCACUGGUCGUAUUUUCAUCAAAUACUGCAGGUCUGUAUGAAUUCACUGAUUCUUUUCAACCCCAAACAUUAAGUACAAACUUCUUCACUUCCCAGAGAGUCCAUCUACAUCAUCCAGUACAACAUCCGCUCCUUCAUGAACGUGAAACACUGGCCGUGGAUGAAGCUCUACUUUAAGAUCAAGCCGCUCCUAAGGAGCGCUGAGACGGAGAAAGAGAUGGCCAAUAUGAAGGUGGAGUUUGCAAAAUGUAAGGAGGAUUUAGCCAAAUCUGAGGCCAAGAGGAAGGAGCUGGAAGCCAAAAUGGUUUCUCUGCUUCAGGAGAAGAAUGACCUGAGUCUGCACAUUCAAACUGUGAGUACUGAAAAUAUGAUAUCUGAAGAGGUGCUGCCACUCUGAGGCCUGGGCGAGGGUUCAAGCAUGAUUUUCUCUUUGGGGGUUGUUAGUAUAAGUGACAAAGAGCGGAGAUGCUGACAGGUCAUCUUUACAAUCAGGCGCAAAACUAGAGCAAACUGCACAGAGCUGCUGAACUGAUAACUACAGUUAGAUCUUGAGCUAAUGUGAGUGAUUGACAUCCAAUUCUUGGUGCUGUUGGUGGCUACAAUCCUACCCUAAUGCUGGGUUUACAUCAAACGAUUUUCACAGUCCCAGACUAAAGGAGGGACUUUUUUACUGGAGUUGUGACUCCAGUAAAACUCCAAGAUUCUGGCGUGAAUUUAAGUUAUGGUCAAACACAUAGUGACACUGAGUUAGACGCCCCCUGAAGAGAUGAAUGUUGUCGAUCGCUUGCUUCUCUAGUUAUACCAACUUCAGUCAAUCACCGAGUGCAGCGGAGUUUCGCAGCUCAAGGAAGAACAUGUAUGAUCAUUACUUCAUAGUACUAGCCAUCAAACAUCUUUUUAGCUUUGCCUAGUUUCUUUAACAAAGAGACUAAACACAUCUCAUCCACUCUCCUCCAGCAGCCGCUUGUCUGUGGGGGGGCCCUGACAAGUCGAUCAUCGAGGAUCAUUUCCAUGAAGUAAUAAUCAUAAUAUUAAUCAUUUUGCACUGUAGACGCAGUAGUUCUUCUGCCUUAGCGUCUCGGUCUGAUUGCAUUUCCAUGAAGUAAUGAUCAUACAUGUUCUUCCUUGAGCUGCGAAACCCCGCUGCACUCGGUGAUCGACUCGUCAGGGCUCCCCCAAUAGACCAAUUGAUGAGCUCUAACAAAAGCCGAAAAGAAAACCUGACAGUCAAAUCAAGAAGAACAGGAAUGUAUGAAGAAUAACUGGUGAUAAAAAAGGAGCAGAUAGUGGUAUUGUGGGCAGAUCAGCCUUGCCUAUUCGACACCAACUGCAGGGUUUCCCCUACAUGUGAUGGCACACCGCACCAACUAAAUAAAAGCCGCCACACCUCAACAAUGAAGUUUUUUUACGCGCUACCUUGCACUCAGUAUGUAUCAGUAUAUGUGGCGCACACGGGCUUCACCGCCCCCCUCAAAUCACACACCACCACAGAUAGCUUCCCCACCUGUGGGAAACACUAAACUAUCAAAAAAUGCUAAAAGAAUCUUUGUAGUCUGUCGUUGUAGUCUUGAAAAUUGUAGAUUCACAGUCUUUGUAAAUUCUCAGUCUGAGACUAGGCUAAAAACUCUCAACACUUGUCUUCAGAUGUGAGCAGGUUCAGUCAGAUUUGAUGGUUCUAGCUGUUUAUUGACACUGUGUCAAUUAUGUUGAAUGUGAGACGAGGGCUGAUCUUCACACAGACCUCUGAGUUAAUAAUGAUCUAGAAUAGUGCGCAAAUUUUUUUAGCCUGUAGAGGAACAUGCCACCUGUUUAAACUGCCACAAAAAGCUUCCAGCCAGCUCUAUUUUGACUGUGCAAAUACAGUAGUUACAGGACUGUGCCUUUUUUUAUCAGGACAAGGAGAGUCUAGCAGAUGCAGAAGAGAGGUGUGAAGGUCUGAUAAAGAAUAAGAUCCACCUUGAGGCUAAAACCAAAGAGCUGAGUGAGAGACUGGAGGACGAGGAGGAGGUGAACGCUGAGCUGACCGCCAAGAAGAGAAAGCUGGAGGACGAGUGCUCAGAGUUGAAGAGGGACAUCGACGACCUGGAGCUCACUCUGGCUAAAGUGGAGAAAGAAAAACACGCCACUGAAAACAAGGUGCGUGUCUGCUGGAGAGUGGACUGAGUACCAAACUCAGAGAUCGCUGAGUGUACUCACAGGUCAUCGUUUACUUCAUCUCCAGGUGAAGAAUCUGACCGAGGAGAUGUCCACUCUGGAUGACACCAUCGCAAAGUUAUCCAAAGAGAAACUGGCGCUUCAGGAGGCUCACCAGCAGACUCUGGAUGACCUGCAGGCAGAGGAGGACAAAGUCAACACUCUGACCAAGGCCAAGAUCAAACUGGAGCAACAAGUGGAUGAUGUAAGUCAGCGGGUGAUAUCUGAAAUCACAGCAUGUGCAACUUGAAAGCUAUUUCAUCAGAUUUUGAGGACAUCAGGAAAUAAACAGAGAAGAGAGCAGGGGAUUAUAUAAACCACUGUGAUUUAAAAAGAGACUAUCCCAUAGAGCUUUGGUGAUUUUACAUCUUUUGUGUAAUCAUUUAUGAUUUCAAGGGCUUCAUGUUUGUACAACAUGAGCUUAAAUAAUAUGAUAGUUAAUAACCCAUAAUGAGUUAACUAAGGAAAUUGUCACAGUGUGUAAAAAAUUAAAACUAUUUUUUUUUCUUCCAAUAAUAAUGAGAAAAACACAUAAAACAGCAUUUAUUGAAAAAUACCCCUCCCCCAAAAAAAGUUGAACUAAAUCGAAUGUUUUUAAAAUUAUUUGGAUAAUAUGUGUAAUUUUAAAACAGGUCAGUGUAGAAACUAAAAAAUUUUCUUGUUUUGAUGUUUGAUGCCAGCCACAUAUGUCAUAGGAAGUUUGGAGAGGAGCCUUUUUUUAUCCCUACAUCUUUUACGAGCACUCUGUAAACUUCGGGGAAAAUGGGAGACCAGUUUCUCAAAGUUGCUGGCUUUGCUUUAUCGUGUUUCUGUUUAGUUUCCCUUUUGCAUGAUACAGCUUUUACCUACAUUUGCUGAUGCAGCGACAGAUAUGAUCACAGAGAAUAGUUUUUGAAAGUUGACCCCAUGCAGUGAUUUCAACUACAGUUAUACCUGUUUUUAACACCGUGCCAUCCAGUAUUUUUUUUAGCCUUGUCUCCUUUGCACAGACACUUCUUCGGAUUCUUGAAAUCAUUAUUGAUAUUUUGAAUCGCAAGUGAUUGUAUCUCCAUUUUACCAGAGGAACGUUAGUCUGUGGAGGUGUAGUAACUCCACUGUUAUUGAAGCUGUGUCCAUGUUUUAGCUGGAGGGCUCUCUGGAACAAGAGAAGAAGAUCCGAAUGGACAUCGAGAGAGGAAAACGAAAGAUUGAAGGAGAUUUAAAACUCACUCAGGAAUCCAUAAUGGAUCUGGAAAAUGACAAACAGCAGCUGGAGGAACGUCUUAAAAAGUAUGUGCCGGUGUUUCUAAGUUUCUAAGCAUCAUCAUAGACACAGUCUCUCAGGAUUCCUCUGAUCUGUUUGUGAUAUCACAACAGGAAGGACUUUGAAUUCAGCCAGCUGCUCAACAAGAUUGAGGAUGAGCAGAGCGUGGCGGUGCAGUCUCAGAAGAAAAUCAAGGAGCUCCAGGUAUCAAGAUGACUUAAAGGUUACCUGAAACUGUAGUAAAAACAAGAAGCAAUGUUUGAUGUUUUUCCCAGGCUCGCAUUGAAGAGCUGGAGGAGGAGAUCGAGGCUGAGCGAGUCGGCCGAGCAAAGGUGGAGAAGCAGCGAUCUGAAUUGUCGAGGGAGCUGGAAGAGAUCAGCGAGCGGCUGGAGGAGGCGGGAGGAGCGACCACCGCACAGAUUGAGAUGAACAAGAAGAGAGAGAUUGAGUUUCAGAAACUGAGACGAGACCUGGAAGAGUCGACGCUGCACCAUGAGGCCACGACCGCCGCUCUGAGAAAGAAACACGCCGAUAGCGUGGCCGAGCUUGGAGAGCAGAUCGACAACCUGCAGCGCAUCAAACAGAAAAUGGAGAAAGAGAAGAGCGAGUUCAAGAUGGAGAUUGAUGAUCUGUCCGGGAACGUCGAGACCAUGGUGAAGGCAAAGGUAAGAAAAAUUAGUCAUGAUUAAGUAUUUCUCACCAUGUAAUAAAAACCGCACACCCUUCUUUAAUCUAUUUUCUGAAUUUCAGAGUCACUAUGAGAAGCUGUGUCACUCUCUAGAAGACCAGCUGAGUGAAUACAGGACAAAACAUGACGAGAACUCUCGUCUCAUUACUGAUGUAAACGCUCAAAGAGCUAAACUUCAGAAUGAAAACGGUAAGCAUUAAGAGACUGUAACCUUUUUGUUCAAACAGAAACAGACAUCUUUGUAUUUUUCUAAGGUUUGUCUCUGGUUCUGCUCAAACAGGUGAGUUAUCUCGUCUUCUGGAGGAGAAAGAAGCCAUCCUCUCUCAGAUGUCCAGGGCGAAGUUGGCUUUCUCUCAGCAGGUUGAGGAGCUGAAGAGGCUGGUAGAAGAAGAGACAAAGGUUUGUUACUGUAAUGCAACGGGCUAAGACUAGAGACAGAGAUGGGGACUUGAGUUGAAGACUUAAGACUCAUGUCGCACACUAACGUGACCGCAGACUAAAACCAAGGAGUGGGAUUUGGAUUUGAGGUUUUGUUUCUCACCAAGCAGCACUGAGUAGGUUUGUUGUCGUUAAGUAAUUUACAGUCUGACAUCCAGGUUUGUAAAACAUUAAAAUUAGAUUGUAGGGUUUGGAGGUGUACAUAAUGGUAUCAUCUGCAUAUAACUGACCGAUCGCUAAGCUUGCCCCUUGAACGCAGAUGAGCCAACGGCAGUUUAGUAUCAGUUGUAUUGAGACUGGAACUCGUACAUCUGUCGCUUUCAACUCUAUACAGAAGCAUUAGAAGUCGAGAUUUUUCAUCUGUUUUAUGGCAUUAAUUUUAAUAUAACAAAGAAACAUGAUAAAAAAAGGUGUGCAUGGGGUAGACACAAGGUAUCCCGAUAGGAUGGGCGAUGGGGUGUAUUUCUUCCAUUUCCAAAACCAAAGAAAGACCGAAGUAAAUGUCUGUGAUGGAUUAAGUUGUGUGGCAGACCACACAGCCAACCUAAUGUCCAGAAGAUUGAUAAGGAUGGUACGUUUGUUCUAAGGUAAGUUACACCAACAUAGCUGUAUAUCUACUAACUUUACCGACUGUUAUUUAAUUGUCAUUAGCGAUUAACAGAGCUUGCGCCUCUGGUAAACUAGCGAACUCUAAUGUUAGCCUAGGUUAGCACACUAGCUGAGUGACUGUAACACUCAGUGCCUCUCCAGAUUAGUUUAAAUAAUUAAAGGUAAAUGAAUUUAAUCUUACCCUGCAAUACAGAAUUUGUCAAGACCCUCUUGUGGUAGCAUUUUGACACCGGCAGCGGCCAUUGUAAAGCACUGCUCAGCUCCGGUUGUUUGUCCGAGUUAGCAACAGUAACUAAGGGGGGCGGGGCUUAGCGAUAGGUCAAUUGUGUGCCAAACAAUGUACAUGAUGCAACAAAGCUGCCAAUCAUAUUCAACCCUUUUCAGAGAAUCAAAUAACAAACUUAAUUAGUGUCAGAAACUAUGUUUGAGGAACCUUUGACCCAUGCCCCAUCCCUCUCUUUUAGGCUAAGAACGCGCUGGCCCACGCCCUGCAGUCGGCCCGUCAUGACUGUGACCUCCUAAGAGAGCAGUUUGAGGAGGAGCAGGAGGCCAAGUCUGAGCUGCAGAGAGGGAUGUCCAAAGCUAACAGUGAGGUGGCACAGUGGAGAACCAAAUAUGAGACUGACGCCAUCCAGCGCACCGAUGAGCUGGAGGAAGCUAAGUGAGACGGGUUCAGGGAGUGUUUCCAUUUUCACAGGGUCUGAUUUUCCUGGCUCAAUACCCACCAAAUAAGACAUAUCAAUGAGAAGUAUCAAAUGUUUUUAGAAAUACGUGUCCAAAACAGCAAAGAAAUAGACCGUUUUUUGAUGGUGCAGGGGUCAACUGCAAAAAAUAACCUGCGAUCUAUUUUUAAACAUGACGUGUCCCUGCUCAGGAAAAAACUGGCCCAGCGUCUGCAGGAGGCUGAGGAGGCCAAUGAAGCUGUGAACUCCAAGUGUUCGUCUCUGGAGAAGACAAAGCAGAGGCUGCAGGGAGAGGUGGAGGAUCUCAUGGCGGAUGUGGAUAGAGCAAAUGCUCAGGCUGCCAGUCUGGACAAAAAACAGAGAGCUUUUGAUAAGGUAAGUGAGACAUCAUUUGAAAUAUAUAUAUUUGAUUUAUUGUUGGUCAUUUUUUAGACUAAUACACCCGUGAUUCAAUCCAAACUUAGUAGAUGGUAAUAACUAACAAUCUGUGCCGUCCUCAGAUUCUGUCUGAGUGGAAGCAGAAGUACGAGGAGAGUCAGGCGGAGCUGGAAGGAUCUCAGAAGGAGUCUCGCUCCCUCAGCACUGAGCUCUUCAAAAUGAAGAACUCUUAUGAAGAAGCUCUGGAGCAUCUCGAGGUCUUCAAACGAGAAAAUAAAAACCUGCAACGUACGUUUACCACCGGAAAAACAAAAGAGCUUCUUUCUCACCUUCUGAAAAUAAAGGAUCUGUACUAUUUACAUAAAUGUUUAAUCCAGUUAUUCGCUGUGAGAUGAAGGAUUUAAUAGUUUUAGUGUUGAUUUAUUCAUUAAUUUAAAUAUACAAUCUUUUUAUUGACUUUUAGAGGAAAUCUGUGAUUUGACUGAACAACUUGGAGAGAGCGGUAAAGCCAUCCACGAGCUGGAGAAAAUGAAGAAACAGGCUGAGACUGAAAAGACAGAGAUCCAGACGGCUCUGGAAGAAGCUGAGGUAACAUUUCUGAAUAUAAUAAAGAAAAAUAAAUGUAUUUACGCCUCUAAAAAUCAUGUCAAUAAUCAAUAACAUUCCUUUCAUCCAGGCCUCUCUGGAGCACGAGGAAUCUAAGAUCCUGCGUGUGCAGCUGGAGCUGGCUCAGGUCAAAGGAGAGGUUGAUCGCCGACUGUCGGAGAAGGACGAGGAGAUGGAGCAGAUGAAAAGAAACCAUCAGCGUGUCGUGGAAACGAUGCAGUCGGCUUUAGACUCUGAGACCCGCUGUAAGAAUGACGCCCUGCGAAUCAGGAAGAAGAUGGAGACGGACCUGAACGAGAUGGAGAUCCAGCUGAGCCACGCCAACCGUCAGGCUGCUGAGGCUCAGAAACAGCUGAGGAACAUCCAGGCUCACCUCAAAGUGACGUAUUGUUGACCUCCAGCUCUUACACAAGAAUGUUAGAUUCGUUUUUAUUGAUUUAACACAAUUUAUCAUCUUUCUGCAGGAGCAAACCCUGCACCUGGAUGAGGCCCUGAGGAGUCAGGAGGACCUGAAGGAGCAGAUGGCGAUGGCUGAAAGGAGGAGCGGCUUGCUGACGGCGGAGGUGGAGGAGCUUCGAGUUGCUCUGGAACAAUCGGAGAGAGGCCGCAAAUUAGCUGAGCAGGAGCUGACGGACGCCUCUGAGAGAGUGGCUCUGUUACACUCUCAGGUGAGCUGAACUCUCUGCUGUGAUGGGGAAAAGAUUUUUUAAUACUUAGAAUAAAAGCUGUAAAUUUUUCAGAUUGAAUGAUUUGUAGAGAAGUUACUGCUCAGGCUAUGGAGCAAUUUCUGGUGCUGAGAGACUAAACAAAUGUGGAGAAACCCGCGGUGCGUGAGUGUACACUUGGAUGUAGGGUUGCUGCAAAAGCCAAUGAAUCCUUGGUAACACCAAGUUAGACACCCCCCGAGAGAUGAAUGUUGCCGACUGCUUGCUUCUAUAGUUAUUCUAACUUUAGUAACGACCGCACGAUAGCAAUACACAGAGGUCUACGUCUCCAAGUGCAAACCUCAACCAAAACGCCACUCUAUAGCCACUUAUAAUGCUCAGAAUAGCACCUAACUUCAUCAACAGUACAUACAGGGUCCCAGCCACAGUACUAACCACCAAACAUCUUUUUAGCUUUGCCUAAUUUCUUUAGCAAAGAGACUCAACACAACUUACCCACUCUCCUCCAGCAGCAGCUUGUUUGUGGGGGGCGCCUGGAUGAGUUGAUCACCGAGUGCAGUGGAGUUUCGCAGCUCAAGGAACAUUUAUGAUCAUUUUUUUCAUCGAAAUACAAUCAAACCCAGACACUAAGGCAGAAGAACUACUGUGUCUUCAGUGCAAAAUGAUUAAUAUGAUUAUUUCUUCAUGGAAAUGAUCCACUGCUCUUGGUGAUCAACUCGUCAGGGCUCCCCCACAAACAAACGGCUGCUGGAAGAGAGGUAGUCUCUUUGCUAAAGAAACCAGGCAAAGCAAAAUUUAUACUGGAAUAUCCCUCUAACAGAUGAAUCUUAUGCUGAGGUGCUAAAAGCUAAAGUUUCUUCAGAGUCUACUUGAGGCUGGCUGCAGAGGACACGCACACACUCUUCCAAAAAAUAGUCCUUCUUUAGAUUCACUGGAGACUGAAACAGAGCUGUUAUCAACUUUUUUGAAGCUUUAAAAAAAAUUAAACUUUAUCCUGAUGUUAUACUUCUCUUUGGCUGCAGAACACCAGUCUCCUGAACACCAAGAGGAAGCUGGAUGCAGAUGUGAGCCAGCUGCAGGGAGAGAUGGACGACGCGAUCCAAGAGGCCCGAAACGCAGAGGAAAAGGCCAAGAAGGCCAUCACUGAUGUAAAUAUCAAUCCCUUUUUUAAACUUCUUAAACUGAGUGGUUUACAGCUUUACAUAGUGUGACUGGUAUCUGCAGGGGGACAUGGAUCUGUAUUUUAGACCCUACAUGCUUUUCUGAAAGCUGUUGUUUUCAGCUCCAGCUUGGUAAUCAGCAAUAAAAUGGAGCUAAAGCAGAGCUUGCUGUUUGUACAGGCUGCCAUGAUGGCAGAGGGGCUGAAGAAAGAGCAGGACACCAGCAGUCACCUGGAGAGGAUGAAGAAGAACCUGGAAGUGUCUGUGAAGGACCUGCAGAACCGUCUGGAUGAAGCUGAGAACCUGGCUCUGAAGGGGGGCAAGAAGCAGCUGCAGAAACUGGAGGCUCGGGUAUCAAACCUGUCUGUGUGAGACUGAUGACGCUGUAUUCAGAGGACAAAAAAUGAAAGGACCUGAGGAUGUUUGUUUCUGUCUGAUAGGUGCAUGACCUGGAGGGGGAGCUAGAGAGCGAACAGAAAAGAUCCUCUGAGGCCGUGAAGGGGGUCCGUAAAUAUGAGAGACGGGUGAAGGAGCUGACAUACCGGACUGAAGAGGACAAGAAGACGGUCCUGAGGCUGCAGGACCUGGUGGAUAAGCUGCAGCUCAAAGUGAAGGCCUACAAGCGGCAGAACGAAGAAGCUGUAAGAUCACUAAACAGCCAGAAAAACAAAAAACAGCUUUGUCAUCCGGUUUCUCUUAAGUAACAUUUAUGAUUUAUGUUCCAGGAGGAGCAGGCAAACACCCACCUGGCCAAGCUGAGGAAGGUGCAGCAUGAGCUGGAGGAGGCUCAGGAGAGAGCUGACAUCGCUGAGACUCAGGUCAACAAGUUGAGAGCCAAGAGCAGAGAGUUUGGAAAGGUAACUCCACACACAUUCACAUUCAUUUGAGAAAUUGUUCCGCAAACUGCAGGACUUGACGCUAACUCUUUUCACAAGGAGCACAUGUUCUCCUCAGUUAAAAAAGUGAGGAGUACACAAAGAACUUUAGGGGCACAAUGAAAAUUGAUCAAAUAAUGUGUGUCUUAUUGGUCGACAUAAGUACAUUAUUUGAAAUCAAUUUUAGGUCAGUUGGUCACACAUAAUGGAAGCUAUUGAAGAGAAUGUUCAAAAUUUUCCUUAAAAUUUAACACAAACUUUUUAGAGGACAAAUUAGGGAAAUAUAGGGGUGUGUCUUCCUGUCAGACUUUAGUACUACUAUCUUAAAUCAACUUUAGGUCAGUUGGUCACGUGAUAUGGAAGCUAUUGAAGGAAAACAGCCUUUUUGAGUACAUUUACAGGUAAUUUAUUGACGGUGCCUUAUUCAACACCCGACGUUGACAGCGAGGAUGCCGAGUAGAUUUAACCGCGCUGCUGUUGCUGUUCCCGGUUAUGGAAAGUGAGAGGACACCGGCACAACCGGAGUGAAUGUCCGUUGUAUAUCCAACCUAAAACUAACUUCACUGCAGUAUUUACAUGAAAAAAUAUUAGUUGCCUUUGCCGAUUUUUUUUGAUGUGCAAAUGUGCCCCUAAAUACAUUUUACAAUUCUAUAACAAUUCUAUACAAUUUACAAUCUUUACAAUUCACAUCUAUUUUUUUUCGCAAAUGCGAGUGAAACCGUUGCACUAUCAAGCCCUGAACUGAGUUAUUUUUCUGUGAGAAAACUAAACGUAUUGGCUAUAAAAUCUACAAACCCUCUGGUGAGUCAGCUGUUCAGUUUUUCAUGGAGUAUAUUCAUCUUAAACCCAUGAAACAAUUCAAGAUAAAGAUACCAAUCCCUGUUACAGUGAGAGCUGAAAACUUCUUCGUUUCUAAAUCUAUAUUAUUGUCAGUGCUGACGAGGAAAAACUGAUAAAUAGACUGCGAAAAAGGCCAAUUUACAGGCUUAAAAACAGUCAUCCACGCAGCACAGCACACUGCAGCUUCAUUGUCCUCAUCUUGUAUACAGUCUCACCUUUUUCAACAUUUUUUGCACCUGCUUCAGCAUUAGUCCUGUUGAAAAUAAUUACACACUUCCUCUUUUUACUUUUCCUGUCCCUUUUCAGGCUGAGUCUGAGUAAACCUUGCAGCCAUGAUGAUGAAGAAGACAUAUCCUCUGUUGGAGUUUGUAGUUUAAGUAGAGACUCUGCAGUGUGAACAAACCUUACUGAGCCUGUUUACUACUGGUGUUAACGUGUCUCCUCACGUGUCACUGGCCUUUAACUUUCACAUACAAAGAAACUACUAGUCCGAAAGCCCAUCAUUCAUCAUUAUUUCUACAUGUGGGCUGACUCAUCAGAUCUGGGUCCUUUAGUCCUUCGGGCUGUUUUUAUA